UAUCAAAAGAAAAUAAUGGCAGAAGCGGACUCAAAAAGUUCGGGGGUCCAUUAUGUUCAAUUAUCAAAACAUCCAAUCCGUUUUGAGCCUGUCAGUCAGCUAACAAAUGUAUUCUUCGAUGAAACAAAUAAGCAGGUUUUUGCAGUGCAGUCACAAGGUGCUAUGGGGGUUGUGGUGAAAGGUCCAGAUGAUAAGACGAAUAUAAAUUUUAGAAUGGAAGACAGGGGAGAAGUGAUAUCUAUCAAAUUUUCUUAUGACAUGUCAGUUUUGGCAAUACAAAGGUCGCAGAAGUCAGUGGAAUUCAUGAACUUUACAGAGCACUCAGACAGAGUAGAAUAUUCACAAUCAUGUCGCGGCAAAACAACCAAUAUUAUAGGUUUCCAUUGGACAGCUCUAAAUGAGAUUGUAUUUGUCACAGACCAUGGUAUUGAGUAUUAUCAGGUGAUUCCAGAGAAGAAAACACUGAAGUGCCUUAAGAAUCAAAGCGGUCAAGUGAAUUGGUUUGUUUGGUCGCCUGAAUCUGCUGUGAUGCUACUUUCAUCAGGGCCUCUUGGAAAUAUCAUCAAUCCUUUCCACUUCAAGUCUGGUCAACUGUACAAACUUCCUAAGUUUGAAGUGGACCUGCCUGUGAUCCCAAAGCCUCCAAAGUUAGUGCUACACGAGAGAGAUGUCACAAUGGCACAGAUCUAUGGUGUGCUGUACAUAUGUGUCCUAAGACAUCACACAGUAGCUGGUAAACUGACUGCAGAAAUAGUGUUGUAUCACCUUCAAAGAGAGAAUCCAGCAAGGAGGUCCUGUGUGCUUAGGCUUAACAUGAGUGGGAGGUUUGCUGUCAACCUUGUGGACAAUAUCAUCAUUGUACAUCAUCAAGCAUCUAAGACAUCCAUGUUGUUUGACAUAAAGUCAGGAGGGGAAUCAGAUGGUUAUGUUACAUUUUAUGAUCCACUGGUCCCAGCUAGUCCUAUUAGACCAUUUAUGAUCAGAGCUCCAUCCAUACCGGGUCAACCUGGAGCAGAUGGACAGAAACACGAGCUGGAACUUUAUUCUCCAAAUUGGAUAGUAUUCCAGCCCAAUAUACUAAUUGAUGCCAAGCUUGGAUACAUGUGGUACCUGAAGCUGUCUCUAGAACCCAUUGUCAGUUUGAUUGAUGAUAAGGUGAAGCUGAUAGACUUCUUGCUAAGAAGGAAGGACAGUAAGAUGGUGAUACUGAAAGUGUGUAAACAAAUGAUGUUACCAGACUCCCAGGCCUCCUUACCUGUUAUAGCUCAAGUCUUUGACCUCCUCAAUGCAGGGUACAGAGAAUAUCUGGAUAAAGAGAUCCAGGCUCAGGUGGUAGUACCAUCCCUAGGAUCAAUACUUGAUCACCUUGUACCUUAUACUGGGGCAUCAGAGAGCACACAAACUAUGGACAAUCUACGAGGCAGGAAGGCAAUUAUAGACCAGUCUGAUAUGUAUACACACGUUUUAUCUGUGUUUGGAGAUAGCAAGAACAUUCACUUCAAAUUCAUAGUGGCAACCCUGGUGGAAUACAUCCGCUCCCUGAACCAGGUGUUUAUCCCAGUCCAGCAUUACCUGUAUGAACUGGUGAUCAACACACUGGUACAUCACCACUGCUUUUAUCAACUGCACCAGUUCCUGCAGUACCAUGUGCUCAGUGACUCUAAGCCUCUGUGGACUUCAACCGAUUAA